AUUCAAUUCAUUAUCUCUGUAUAAUUCUCAAGUUUCCCUUUUUAUGAUAUUCUUGAUAUGACGCCCGCUUUAGGAGAUUACGCCGGCGAAGAUUUGCAGCCGGCGGUGGAGAAAAACCUUUUCGGCAAGUACGAGGUAGGGAAGCUCCUUGGCUAUGGAGCUUUUGCUAAGGUCUACCAAGGCUGGGACAUUGAAUCGGAGCAGACUGUAGCCAUUAAAUCCAUCAACAAGCAAAGGAUCAUAAAGGGUGGUCUAACUGGUCAUGUCAAACGCGAGAUCUCCGCCAUGAGACGGCUGCGCCACCCCAACAUCGUUCGUCUUCAAGAAGUGUUGGCAAACCAGAAGAAAAUCUACUUCGUUUUGGAGUUUGCUAAGGGUGGAGAGCUUUUUGGGAAGGUGGCUAAAUCACGUUUUAGUGAGGAUCUCAGCCGCCGGUAUUUCCAGCAACUCAUCUCCGCCAUCGGAUACUGCCACUCCCGCGGCGUCUACCACCGUGACCUGAAACCAGAAAACCUCCUCCUAGACGACCAUUGGAACCUGAAAGUCACUGACUUCGGAUUAUCCGCUGUCACAGAGGAAGUUGCGUCGGACGGACUCCUCCACACCAUGUGUGGUACACCGGCUUACGUGGCGCCGGAGAUUUUAGCGAAGAAAGGUUACGACGGUGCGAAGGUGGAUAUCUGGUCAUGUGGCAUCAUUCUAUACGUCCUCAACGCCGGUUAUCUACCGUUUAACGAUCCCAAUCUGAUGGUGAUGUACCGGAAAAUAUACAAAGGAGAGUUUCGUGUUCCGAAAUGGACGUCGCCGGAGCUAAAACGGUUCUUAUCGCGGCUACUCGACACCAAUCCUCACACGCGGAUCUCCGUUGACGAAAUCAUCAAGGAUCCAUGGUUCAGAAUCGGGUAUAAAGACGCCAGAAUUUGUUCCGAUCAGUUGGAGAUGAAAGACGGCAAUUUGAAGAGUUUGAAUGCAUUCGACAUAAUCUCGUUUUCCUCCGGCUAUAAUCUGUCAGGUUUGUUCGAUGAUCAAGAUCAUGGGGAGAUGUUUCUGUCGAGGGUUGCGCCGGAGGAGAUCAUCGGGAGGGUGGCAGAGGCGGCGGAGGAGGAGAGUUUGACGGUGGCGACAAGAAAAAAGUGGUGUGUAAAGGUUGAUGGAGGACAGUAUAGUAAUUUUACAUUGACGGUGGAGGUUAAACGGUUGACAGAGGAGCUAGUGGUGGUGGAGGUUAGGUGGAGAGAAUGUGAGACUGAACCCGGUUCAGAAAUGUGGAAAGAUAGGCUCAGGCCGCAGUUGAUUGGUUUGAUUUAUCAACCGGACACUCCGGUUGCCGGUGAUUGAAAAUAACAACUGAUUUGUUCGCCGCG